AUGUGUGGGUGGUAUAACUCCUUUCAGCGAUCCAACCUAUUCUCACUUUGUAUUAUCUGGGGUUCUGUGGCGGUCCCUGGGGUGACAGCCUGCACCCUAUGGCCAGAGAACGCACUGCUCACUCCCACUGGGGAUGCCCUGGAUGGGGUGAAUCUGGAGUUCUACAUUGAUGUCCAUGCCCACUCCACCAUGCUGAACGGCUUCAUGUACGGCAAUGUUUUCGAAGAUGAGGAGCGCGUCCAGAGGCAGGCUGUGUUCCCUCGACUGCUGUGCCAAAACGCCCCAGACUUCUCCUUUUCCAACACAUCGUUUAACCGGGACGUGGUGAAGGCUGGGACAGGCCGCCGGUUCCUGGGUGGACUCCUGGACCACACUUCCUACUGCUACACUCUGGAGGUGUCCUUCUACAGCUACAUGACGGCCGGCAGCAGCACCCCCGUGCCCUACACUGAAGACACAUACAUGAGACUGGGUAGGAAUGUUGCCCGAACCUUUUUAGAUUACUACAAACUCAACAGCCUUACUAAAGACAAUAUUCCAACUCCUAUUCUAAACCCUGACCCAAUCUCUCCAGCAGUCAACGCUAAUGGAAAGGGCAACAUGGUCGGCCGAGAGCGCAGCUAUGACAACCUCCUCAUCAUUCACAAGUUUCGCUUUUUGAAAACAUGUCGCCUUAAAAGUGUUGGGGAGAUCUCUCAAGUGUCUUUGGACAUUCAUUCAAUAGAUUUUCCCUGGAGCGCCACAGCGAAGACAGCUGCCCCGGCUAGCAAAUGUGCUCCGCUGAGAGCGUCUCUGUCCCCAGGCGCUACAGGAAAAAUGUCUUCAUCUCCUGAACCACUUUGUCACUCGGGCUGGAAAACUCCGGCAAAAGAUGACGGAAACUACGCCUCUUUGAAAACAGAAAAGCAACUCCAGCGCGCAAAGGCUAAGAUCUGGAAUGACUGUCAGAAGUUCACAUGUAGUGCCUCCAAACCGCAACAGAGAGGGUACCUGCAGCCCACGGUGUCCUCCAGAGCCCGGGCACUGUCCCCCUACACUCACCGCAGGAUGUGUCAGCUCGCAGAUGAAUCGCAGCAAAGACUGGGCCACCUCCAACUCGGGCCGCACCUUUUUAAGAAGAGCGCCAACAACCCAGCGCCGUUCUCAGUCCCUUUGUCAACUAACUCAUCACUUAUGGAGUCGUAUUUGUCCUCUUCAUAUGACGGAGCUCAGGUUCAUGGUGACAUGGACCAGCGCGUCUAUAGCUUCAGAGAUGACUACACAGAUGCGUCUCUUCUGAGGAGUUCCGGACGACGUGACAGAAUGCAGUGGAGUCAUGUGAGGACCCAGUCAUCUCAGGAGACUCCCUCCAGACGUGAGGCUCGCCCCCGAAGCCCAGCAGAGGUCCUGAAUGAGUCUACGUCCCUGUGCGCACCAGCGGCUGCACGCUCUUCUCUAAAGGAGAGAUUCCAGGCCCUUGAUCCAAGUCCAUCGUACAGCGAGCAGAUUCACAGACGGGUCCAGAGGAUCCUUCAGACUCACAAAGCUGUCGUUAGAUGA